ACUAUUUUGUCUACCUGAGGUCAGGAAGGAUUGUUUUAAAAAAGUCAGUGAAAGAAGGCCUUGCAAUAGAAAGGAAGAGAGAAAAUAGAGGCAUCGCUGACUUAAUAGACUGGUGAUCUUGGCACUGGAACGAGACACAGGCCAAUGAAAUUGCCGUCUCUUCUCUACACUCUAUCCCGGUGUUGAUGGAACUGACAGGCCACCUGUCGCUCUGGGAUUCCCGUUCGGGUGGGGGGAGACAACUGGUUCCUGAGGCUAUAUUCAACCGUCCUGGCUCAUCACUCUCAGAUUCUCUGUACCCAAAUGGAGCCGGCAGGUUCAGUGGCGAACAGGAGCCCCCUUAAACACGGAGCCGGUGGAGAGCAACUGACGGAACUGUGACAGUAAUGCAAACGUUCCAGCCGAAAUCCCGUCAGCAAUAUUUAGUCAAAAGAAAGGAGCAAAUUGCCUUGUUUGUGGCUGUGUUUCUGGUGGGAUUUUGGCUUUUAUGGAACUCAACAGCUUUCAGAAUAUGCGGCUUGCUUUGCUGAAAGAAAUUGCGAUUCCUAAAUCACUGUGACUUUAAAUUUUAUAGAUUUGGUAGGCUACUGCCAUUUUCAACAUUUUUAAGACCUUCUCAUUAUUACAUGAGUGUGGCCUACUAAUAGCACAACCCUGUGCUACAAUAACUGGAGACGUUACACAGCGUAUUAGCAGCAAGAUGCCUCCCUUCUCCGUGGAUGACUACCACAAACUUUUACAGAAGAUUGCAGUACUGGAAACGAAAAUUCAUCGGCUAGAAGGGAAUGUGGAAGUAAAUGGACAAUAUGGGAAUGAUACCACUUUACCAUGGAACCAAAACAGCGGACAAGAUAAUGCUAACACAAGGCUAGUUAGCACUACAGAGAAAAGGGAGGGCCGCGCGCAGGUGAAUAUAUCUACAAAUUAUCUUUGGAACUCUCAUGGUGCAAGGCCUGAGAAUAAAUUACCUCACUGUGAUAUGGGAAGACAAGUUACAGGCAGAGCUCAGCGCAGUGAGAUUUGUGAUGCGACUGGCUGGCCUGCUUUACCAUCUCGGGGCAGCGCUUCCUCAACCCCUACUCCAAGCAGGAGACAACCCUGGACAGCUGCUAAAGGGAGAAAUAUCAACAUGCCUCCCCAACAACCAUGUGUACAACUGGAGAACAGAUUUGCUCCCAUGCUGCAGGAUCCUGGAUCUCCGCCUGACAACCGGGAUAAUCUUCCGUCUGCUUACAACAGGGUUAGAGCUGAAAGUAACUCAGAAAGUAAAAGGCUACAGAGCAAGCUAAUGGCACGGCCUCAGACCCUGAUUGUGGGUGACUCUGCUGUGAAGGAUAUAAGAAGCUUGUGCAACAAAAACACCAAAGGUUUGUGCUUUCCUAAAGACAUGGUAUCUGACAUGAGAGAAAAAAUCCUGGAUAUCGUCAUUUCGCAUCCAUCAGUGAAAAAACAAAUUUUGCACAUCGGGUCAAAUGAUAUUGUGAAACAGCAGUCUGAAGUACUGAAGCAAGACUUUACUGAUCUGUUGAACAUAGUCAGCUGUCUGAAUACUGAAGUGUUCAGCAGUGGGCCCCUGCCACCGAUCAGAAAAGGAGUUGAGAAAUUCUCAAGACUUUUGAGUCUGUACACGUGGCUCUCAACUGCAUGCAAUGUCAAUUCUGUUCAUUUUAUUGACAAUUUUAACUUUUUCUGGGACCGAAGACAUCUUUUUAAAGAAGAUGGACUAUGCCUAAAAAGAAUUGAGGGGAAAACUAUUCCUCCCUAACAUAUUUUAUCUCCUGCGUCACCCAUCUGUUCCCUCUGCCAAGGACACCAGACAGGAGGAAUCAAAACAAGAAGGCGCCAUAACAAAACAUGGCAAAAGCCCUGAAAGAAAGCCAGUUCAGACCCCACCUGAAGAGGGCGUUGACCAUUAUGGACACCAGCGCCGAGAGGAAGUGUCCCCACCUCCCCCCCUUACCAACAAAUCCACCUUCCUCACCACCCCAAACCCCAUCCAGGUCACCCUCCUCCUCAGCCACCCUUUCCCCCUCCUCCCCCUUCUUGGAGUUCACUGACCAGAUGAAAGAGCUGGUCACUACUGGGACCAAAUUCACACCCCGCCCUACUUCCAGGUUCUACCAUUUAAAUGCCCCACUGCCUCCUCUUUCACCAUUGGAUUUAAGUCCUCAUCCAGCUCUGGCAAAAUUAUCAAAGAUACAAAGUAAUUCUGCUAAUUUAGCAAACUUUGCAUCCAUUCCUCAUCAGCCACAGCCAGCAGUCCCAAAACAUGGGGCAGAUAAUGAUUUUGACAAACUAAAUCUAGCUUUACUAAACGUCAAGUCUUUGGCAGGAAAAACAUUUUUAGUCAAUGAUUUUAUUAUCAAGCACAAACUUGAUUGUUUUUUCUUAACUGAAACUUGGUUAGAUCAAAAGAACAGUGUUGCUCUUAUCAAAUCAGCUCCUCUCAACUUCAGUUUCAUGAGUGAAGCUAGAGUGCAUAAGAUAUCUUCAGUUGAAUUCCUCCACCAGAGUUAUGUUCCUUAAUAUCUACAGGCCACCUCAAUACUGUGCAACCUUAUUUGAUGACUUUUCUGAACUAUUGUCUAUAAUCUGUAUUGACUUUGACUGUGUAGUUAUUGUUGGUGACUUUAACAUUCAUGUUGACAAACCCCUGGACAUAGGGACUAAAGAACUGUGUUGUGUCCUUGAUAACUAUGGACUGACUCAGCAUGUGACGGAGCCCACACACAACAAAGGUCACACUCUGGACCUUAUCAUUUCCAAGGGUGUGAACAUGUCUGAGGUUGUUGUGAUUGACAUCUACAAAGAAAGGGUAUGCAUCUCCAACUUGGAACUGAGAAAUGCAAGGCAAUCCUUCUUCUCCGACAUCAUUGCCAAAAACAAUAAUAAUGCACGUGCCUUGUUCACUUCUGUCGACAGUCUAACACACCCUCCUGUGUCUGCAAUGAAUUUGCCUCCUUCACUGACAAAAUUCAGAAAAUUAGGCAAGCAGUCAGUGCCUCCACAUCAGGUCCAAGACAUGUGUUGUCCAUGUGUCCACUGAAAAUCAAUUUAAACAUCAUGAUACUAUUUCAUAUGAUCAACCAUAAAAACUUGGAGGACAUUAUACAACAUCUAUAAUCCUCCUCAUGUUGCCUUGAUAUUCUGCCAACAGGCUUUUUCAAAAAUGUUUCAAACUACAUGGCCUCAGAUCUUCUACAGAUUGUAAACACGUCUCUUCUCUCAGGUGUCUUCCCACAGGCCCUGAAAACUACAGUUAUCAAGCCACUCUUAAAAAAGAACAAUUUUGACACUUCACUAAUGAACAAUUAUAGGCCGAUAUCAAACCUCCCAUUUCUUAACAAAAUCAUUGAAAAUGGUGUUUUUAAGCAGCUGAAUGACUUCAUGGCAAUGAACAACUGUUUUGAUGUAUUCCAGUCUGGAUUUAGACCACACCACAGCACUGAGGCGGCUCUUGUUAAGGUCUUCAAUGACAUCCAUUUAAACACAGACAAUGGCAAAAUUUCAGUCUUGGUUUUACUGGAUCUCAGUGCUGCAUUCGACACAGUCGAUCACAACAUAUUACUACACCGGCUGGAAAACUGGAUGGGACUUUCUGGCACAGUAUUAAACUGGUUUGAAUCAUAUUUGAAAGACAGGGAUUACUUUGUGUCCAUAGGUAACAUAACAUCUGAGCGGGCAAAAAUUACAUGUGGAGUUCCCCAAGGCUCCAUUCUGGGGCCUCUUCUGUUCAACAUCUACAUGCUCCCACUGGCUCAGAUCAUGGAAAACAACAAAAUAUGUUACCAUAAUUACGCAGACGACACACAAAUUUAUAUAACUUUACCCCCUGGGGACUAUGGUCCAAUUCAAGCACUGAGUAAAUGCAUUGAGGAAAAUCAACGACUGGAUGCACCAACAUUUUCUUCAAAUAAACAAAGAAAAAACUGAAAUAAAUGUUUUUCGGAGCCAAGAAUGAACAAUUUAAAGUUAGCACCCAGAUUCAAACGGUGAUUUUAAAAAGCACAAAUCAAGCCAGAAAUCUGGGUGUAGUCAUGGACUCAGACCUCAACUUCAGCCACAUUAAAACAAUUACAAAGUCAGCCUACUAUCACCUAAAGAAUAUAUCAAGGAUUAAAGGACUUAUGUCUCAGCAGCAUUAGGAAAAACUCGUCCAUGCAUUCAUCUUCAGCAGACUCGACUACUGUAACAGUGUCCUCACAGGUCUCCCUAAAAAGUCAAUUAGACAGCUGCAGUUAAUUCAGAACGCUGCUCCUUGAGUCCUCACUAAGACCAAAAAAGUAGAUCAUAUUACCCCAGUCCUCAGAUGCUGACAAAGCACUGAAUGGUUUAGGGCCAAAAUACAUUCCUGAUCUUCUGCCUUGCUACAAACCAUCCAGACCUCUGAGGUCGUCUGGGACAGGUCUGCUCUCUGUCCCCAGAGUAAGAACUAAACAUGGUGAGGCAGCAUUCAGUUUCUAUGCUCCACAGAUCUGGAACAAACUCCCAGAAAAGUGCAGGACAGCUGCAACUCUCAGUUCUUUUAAAUCAAGACUGAAGACUUUUCUGUUUGCUGCUGCUUUCCAGUAAAUUAACUAUCUAAGCAUUUCUUUUACUGCACUGUAACUUUUAUCACCUGUUUUUAUUUUUUCUCUUUUUAAUUAUUGUAUUUUCAAUACAAUUUUAUUGUAUUUUCAAUACAAUUUUAUGUGUUCCCUCCCAAUGCUUUUAAUGUUUUAUGUAAAGCACAUUGAAUUGCCUUGUUGUUGAAAUGUGCUAUACAAAUAAACUUGCUUUGCCUUGCCUAGA